AUGUCUCUUCUUGGGCAAGAUCGGUCUAAUGCAGUCGCCAAGGUCUUCUCAUUACCCGAGAUCUGCCAGCGCAUCGCCCAUGUUCUUGACCGCAGCACCAUCGCUGCAUGUUUACGUGUUAGUCGUGCAUGCAAUGCUGCAUGGCUCCCCAUCCUCUGGUAUACAAUCGAUGCUGGCAAACAUUGGCAUCACCCAGCUUUCCGCAACUCGCUUAGCAAGCACAGUGGAUUGAUCCGUAUCCUCAAGUGCUCUCGAUACGAUGACAUCAGCCUGCUUUUCAACACUCAGAGCAACAAGGAUACUCUCUGUGAGAACCUCCUCACCUUGGUUCUUCCCAAGACUACGCUCAUCAACCAAAAAGACCAUGUUCGGCUCCUUUUACAGAACCCUCAGUUGAGAGACCUCUCACUCACAUUCCACGACGAUCCUUCAUCCCAUUACUCUGCCCUUGUUGAUGCAGUAGGAGAGCUGCGCUUCUUAAGAAGACUAGCUUUUGACGAGAAUAAGACGCUUCAGGUUAGCACGCUCGAGACCAUUCUAACUCAAUGUAAUAGCUCCUUACAAGAACUCUCCUUCAAGGGAACCCACGCCUACAAGCACCCCUUCGGAUCUGGAGAAGAAUUUGCAUCAGGGCUUUUGCCAAUCGCCAGCGCACCUGAACAGAUUACAGAUGGCAUCAGGAAUUUGUCCCAGGAUACUGAGAUCGAGAUCAAGGGAUCCUUCGGAAUUCUCUCGUUAUGUAUGGACAAUGUUGCUUGCACGCAAGAUUUAUUGCUCAAUCUCGGUAGCCGUUUCCCAUUACUCAAUCGACUCUCCUUGAGAGAAUCGGUGGAAGUAUAUUUUAGUCAGGAUUUUCCUGAGCGACUGGCCAGACGGUGCCCCAAAAUCAAAUACUUAGAUAUUUCUUCGACAGAAGAUAUGGAUGACGAUACAAUCGCUCGUCUGAUCGCCUCUUUCCCGAACUUGCAGACUUUUCGAGCAUCAGACACCCGAUUUGGCGACAGAAGCCUUGUUGCUUUAAUUGAAAAUUGCAGAGAUUUGACCGUGUUGGAUAUCGGCGCUGCAUAUGGAAUCCAGGGUCAUAUGGUCCAACUGUUGUUUGAACGGUGUUGGAGCCUUCGGAGGUUGGAUGCAUGGAAUGUCUCUGUCAAUGUAGCAGAUAUGAUAAAAGAAGCAUACGGCGGAGUAAAAGGACCUUCGGCCAUUGCUUCUGGUAGGCAGCAUCUGGAUACUAGUGUUAGUAACCAUAAUAGCCCCAUUACUUUUAGGCAAUGGGCAUGCCACGGAAUUGAGUCUUUGGCGAUGCGCUUCGACUAUGAUGCUUGUGUCCUCACGGAAGAUGAGCAACGGCUAUUUCCACCCUCAAAAGCAAGAAUAUUUGUUUAUGAACAGCUUUCUAAGCUUAGCAAAUUGAAAUACCUGGCCAUCACAGGAUCUCUUUUGGAUGCUGAAGAUCAGUAUGAGAGUGGUUAUACAAAUGAGGGAGACGAAGAAGAUGAUACUAGUUUCGAUGUCCCUGAGAUCAUGUGGAUGAGCAAAAACUGGCCUAGUCUUGUAUCCAUUCAAGGUCUGCACGAAGAAGACGAUGAGUUAGUCAUAGAAUGGCUUCGGGAACAUCGCCCUGAUAUCAGUCUCGAUGAUGAAGAAAUUGAUUGAUGGCGGCGAUAGGAAAGUGAUAUUUAAUGACAAAUAAAUAGAAGUGGAAUGCU